GGCACGACGGCAUGAGGCAGUCGCUCGCCGACAACCAGAGAGAAAAAAUAUCGGAGAGCGACAUUAGUAUCGAAUAAAAAUAAAAGUAACGAAUAACGGAAAAAAAUAAAAAAGAAAGUGGAUGCAGUGAAAGAUGCGUGUGUUUUGACAGUGGCUCCAAAUUAAAAACAACAAGUGUUUAAAAAAGGGUAACGGAACCUCUUAAGGAUCGGCGAGUGAAGAUACAGUGAUUAGAUAAAAAAUAAAUUAAUAAACAGACGACAGUGAAGAUAUUGUAUUUGACAAUAAAUUUAUUUAUUUUUUUUUAUUAUUUAUUUGUGAAUGAGAAAAAGAAAACAAGAAAUUGAUAGUAAUAGUAAAUUGAACAAGAACCCGGGACUCUGAGAAAGAACAAAGUGUAUUGUGCUGGAGGCUUUUAUUAAGUGUACGCAGGGGGUCCUCCCGGGGGUAGUUAAAAAUAAGGUCGCAGAAUGACGGGUGUCGAAGAAGGAAAAGGCGGGGGUGGAGACAACGACGUUAGCGCCACCGAUAAAGUCGUUCAGCAAAAUGGAGCUCCAGAAAAAGCCCCUGUAGUUACGGGAACUAACAUGGAAACUCUCCCGCGUCCUGGAAAACAGAGUGAUCCAAGUACCGCAUUCUUACGUGCUGCACGAGCUGGACAAUUGGAGAAAGUUUUAGAAUUUUUAGAAUCGGGAGUUGACAUUAAUGCCUCAAAUGCUAAUGGAUUAAAUGCUUUGCAUUUAGCGGCCAAGGACGGUCAUUCGGAGAUUGUACGUGAAUUAUUGGCGCGCGGUGCAAUUGUAGAUGCGGCUACAAAAAAGGGGAAUACAGCUUUACACAUUGCUUCACUUGCCGGUCAAGAGGAAGUAGUGCAAUUACUUGUUCAACGAGAAGCUUCUGUAAACGCACAAUCACAAAAUGGUUUUACUCCAUUGUAUAUGGCAGCCCAGGAAAAUCACGACUCUGUUGUUAAAUUUUUACUCAGUAAAGGAGCUAAUCAGACCCUUGCGACGGAGGAUGGUUUUACACCAUUGGCUGUUGCGAUGCAGCAGGGACACGACAAGGUCGUUGCAGUACUCUUGGAGAACGACACGCGAGGUAAAGUGCGGUUGCCCGCCCUUCACAUUGCAGCUAAAAAGGAUGACUGUAAAGCUGCUGCUCUGCUUCUUCAAAACGAUCAUAAUCCUGACGUUACAUCGAAAAGUGGUUUUACACCACUUCACAUUGCUGCCCAUUAUGGCAACGAUCGAAUCGCCUCUUUGCUUUAUGAUAAAGGAGCUGACGUCAAUUUUGCUGCCAAACACAAUAUAACGCCUAUGCAUGUUGCCGCAAAAUGGGGCAAAAUAAAAAUGGUAAAUUUAUUAAUGAGCAAAGGAGCGAAUAUUGCAGCGAAAACACGCGACGGUUUAACGCCACUUCAUUGUGCCGCCCGUGCUGGUCAUCAUGAAGUCGUAGACAUUUUAAUUGAAAAAGGAGCACCAAUUGGUUCUAAAACAAAAAAUGGCCUGGCACCACUUCACAUGGCGUCUCAGGGUGAUCAUGUGGAUGCUGCACGUAUAUUACUUUAUCAUCGGGCUCCAGUCGAUGAGGUUACAGUUGAUUAUCUCACAGCACUUCACGUGGCGGCUCACUGUGGUCAUGUUCGUGUAGCAAAGCUUUUACUGGAUCGUAAUGCCGAUCCAAAUGCUCGUGCAUUAAACGGUUUUACGCCUUUACACAUUGCCUGCAAAAAAAAUCGAAUCAAGGUUGUGGAAUUAUUAUUGAAGCACAAGGCCAGUAUUGAAGCCACCACAGAAUCAGGCCUUACACCUCUGCAUGUCGCCAGUUUUAUGGGAUGUAUGAAUAUUGUGAUAUAUUUAUUGCAAAACGAAGCUAGUCCAGACAUACCGACCGUGAGAGGUGAAACGCCACUUCAUCUAGCUGCACGAGCGAAUCAAACUGAUAUUAUCAGGAUAUUAUUGAGAAAUGGCGCUCAGGUUGACGCCCGAGCGAGAGAAGAGCAGACACCACUUCAUGUUGCUUCUCGUCUCGGUAAUGUUGAUAUUGUUAUGCUUUUACUUCAACACGGAGCUGGAGUUGAUGCAACUACGAAAGAUUUAUAUACACCUCUUCAUAUUGCCGCUAAAGAAGGCCAAGAAGAGGUUGCAUCUGUUUUAUUAGAAAACGGAGCUUCGCUUACUGCUACAACUAAGAAAGGCUUUACUCCACUUCAUCUUGCUGCCAAGUAUGGUAACAUGAAUGUUGCAAGAUUGUUAUUACAGAAAAAUGCACCAGUUGAUGCGCAGGGAAAGAAUGGUGUUACCCCUCUUCAUGUGGCCUCUCAUUAUGAUCAUCAGAACGUUGCCCUUUUAUUACUUGAACAGGGCGCGUCACCUCACGCUAUGGCUAAGAAUGGACACACACCACUUCAUAUUGCGGCUCGAAAAAAUCAAAUGGAUAUUGCAACGACUUUACUGGAAUACGGAGCUAAAGCAAAUGCAGAAUCAAAAGCUGGUUUUACACCACUUCACCUCGGUGCUCAAGAGGGCCAUACAGACAUGUCAACGUUAUUAAUUGAACAUAAAGCAGAUACGAAUCAUAAAGCAAAGAAUGGACUCACACCGCUUCAUUUAUGCGCACAAGAAGACAAGACUAAUGUAGCAACAAUCCUCGUGAAAAAUGGUGCCGAAGUUGAUGCUAAAACCAAGGCUGGAUAUACACCCCUACACGUGGCAGCUCACUUUGGUCAAGCAGCAAUGGUACGUUUCCUACUGAGAGCUGGCGCAGCAGUCGAUAGCAGUACUGGAGCUGGUUACACCCCAUUGCAUCAGGCCGCACAGCAGGGUCACACGCUUGUCAUUAAUUUACUACUCGAAAGUAAAGCCAAACCUAAUGCAGUUACUAAUAAUGGACAAACGGCUUUAGCAAUCGCACAAAAACUUGGUUAUAUUAGUGUUGUUGAAACGCUCAAAGUUGUAACAGAAACAAUUAUUACAACGACACAUACGACCACAAUUGAAGAAAAAUACAGAGUUCAAGCACCAGAGUCUAUGCAGGAAACGUUUAUGAGUGAUAGUGAAGACGAAGGUGGUGGUGAUGAGAUCGGCACUGCGGCCAUGAAUGUGUAUGGACAGCCGCCUCACGCGCAACAUGUGUACCUCCCUUCCUACUACCAGGGCCAAAUGACCUAUACUCGCGAAGAUCCGAUGCUUAGCGACCAACAGCAGUAUCGUUACAUGACUGUUGAUGACAUGAAGUCAAUGGGAGACGAUUCAAUGAGAGUAAACGUCACUGAUGAUGAGAGGGACAAUCGACAUUCCGGAGGGACCACGGUAACAGAUAUGAUCACUAAAGAAAGCUAUCAUCGCUCAAACGCAGCGAAUCUUAAGCCUGAUAAUAUUGAUAUCAAUAGGCAUCCAGUUCACGUUGGACCGUCACUAGACUCCUUAAAUUGGUCACUGGCAGCCCUUGGUAUCGUACCAAAAGGACAAGGAAUGUGGAGGGACAGCUUUUUGGUUUCGUUCCUGGUGGAUGCUCGUGGUGGAGCAAUGCGAGGAUGUCGUCACAGUGGUGUACGGGUUAUUGUACCACCACGUAAAGCAGCAAUGCCAAUGAGAAUUACCUGCAGAUAUCUUAAAAGAGAUAAAUUAACGAAUCCACCUCCUUUGAUGGAAGGUGAAGCGCUUGCCAGUCGAAUACUUGAACUUGGACCAGUUGCCGCAAAAUUUUUGGGGCCUGUUAUCAUUGAAGUACCACAUUUUGCCUCACUUCGAGGUAAGGAGAGAGAGAUCGUGAUUCUUCGAUCCGACAAUGGAGAAACUUGGCGUGAGCACACCCUUGAAGCUAGCGAGGAAGCUGUCCAGGAUGUGCUUAAUGAGAGCUUUGAAGGAGAAGAAUUAAGCCAGCUAGAAGAUCUUCAAACGUCGCGAAUAGUACGUAUUCUCACGGUUGAUUUUCCCCAUUAUUUCGCCGUGGUAUCACGAGUUAGACAGGAAGUUCACGCUGUCGGACCUGAGGGUGGAACUGUUUCAUCAUCAGCGGUACCUCAAGUACAAGCUGUUUUCCCGCCAGCAGCACUUACAAAAAAAAUUAGAGUUGGCCUUCAGGCUCAUCCAAUACCUGCGGAGCUGGUGGCUAAGCUCUUGGGUAAUCGAGUGGCAGUAUCGCCCAUCGUAACUGUCGAACCACGGCGAAGAAAAUUCCAUAAGCCCAUUACAUUGACCAUACCCGUACCUCAAGCAGCCAACAAGGGCAUGAUUAAUCAGUACUCUGGAGACGCACCAACUUUGAGGCUUCUGUGCAGCAUAACUGGAGGUCAGUCACGGGCGGUCUGGGAGGAUGUGACCGGGUCUACGCCCCUAACUUUCGUCAAGGAUUGUGUGUCUUUUACCACUACCGUGUCUGCAAGAUUUUGGCUCAUGGACUGCAGAAAUAUUACCGAGGCUACGCGAAUGGCCACCGAGCUUUAUACUCACGCAACACAUGUACCCUUCAUGGCCAAAUUUGUUGUGUUUGCAAAACGAGUUGACCCGCUUGAGGCAAGAUUACGCGUCUUCUGUAUGACAGACGACAAAGAAGAUAAAACUCUGGAGCAUCAGGAGCACUUUACAGAAGUAGCAAAAAGCCGAGAUGUUGAAGUACUCGAGGGCAAAACACAAUACAUGGAGUUUGCCGGUAACCUUGUACCCGUUAUGAAGAGCGGUGAACAACUUCAGUUACCCUUCCGGGCGUUCAAGGAGAAUCGUGUACCUUUCACGGCAAGAGUAAAAGAUCCAGAUGCAGCAGACAUGGUUGGUAGAAUAAUGUUUAUGAGUGAGCCAAAGGUGGCCAAGGGCGAACCACCACAAACACCAAUUUGUACAUUAAACAUCUUGUUACCGGAAAAAAUUUCACCAGAGACUGGACACUCUGAACUGGAUUUACUUGAGUUAUCCAAGAAUUAUAGCUUCUUACGUGACGGCGGAAUAAGUCGCCCAGAUACAAUUCAUAGGGCAACUAUCCGUCUAACAGACAUUGCGAAUCUCCUUGAUCGUGACUGGGAAAAAUUGGCUGAAGAACUUAAUGUAUCGCCUGCUGAUGUUGAUUUAAUUAAAGAUGAACAUCCGGGUAAACCGGCACUUCAAGCUGCUGCGAUGUUUAAAUUAUGGCAAGGCAACGGAAAUAAAGUGACUGGAAAUACGCUUGAGAAAGCAUUGAACAAGAUCGGUCGGGAGGACAUCGUGAAGAAGUGUAUAUUUAAUGUUGAACUUGUGACUGAUGAUGUUGAAAAAGCAGUUGCAAGAGUGAGACUCGAUCAACCAGGUUUUGAUUCACUUAAAGAAGAGUUGGGACCUUCUAGAGAUUCAUCAUUGCGGCGUGAUGGGACAUUGGGAGAUCAGAAACAUGGUUUUGAUUUUGAUGAAUCCGAUCAAAUGAAAGACUCUGAAUCAGUUGAGGAUUUAAGCAACAUUGGAAGUGUGCCGCAAAAAAACACAAAACAGCAGCACAUAACAAUUACCAAUGGCACUGUAUUCAAUGGUACCUCGACCCCAGUAAAAGAUAAAUACGCAAGUGAAGAAAAAGAUCUUGGCGACGAUAUGGCUGAAUUUCUCCAGCAUAAGUAUCACGUUACGGAUACAAUGACUAAAAAAACACGCGACGAAGUUGACGAUGACAAUAAAAAUCGACAGAGGGUUAUUGAAGAUGCUAAUAGAUUAGUAACCGGUGUUAUACAAGACGCUGAGAAAGAGAAGGAGAAAUUAAUGAUGGAGGGGUUGUCGGGGGUUUAUCGAGAAGGGGGUAAAGAGGCGGGAGGUGCAGUAGGCAUUCAUGAUGAUGAUAAAUUAGUACGCGGUAUUGAAGGUAUAGUAGUUAAAGAGAUCGUAACUCGCGGGGAAGAAUCUAUCGAGCCAUUAAUUACAAAAGAAUUAAAACAUAAAGAAAUUGAUGAUCCUCGUACAAAGGGUAAAAUUAUUUCAAAAACUAUCGUGACAACAACAAAAGGUGAUCCAGAUUCUGGGUUAUUUACUAAAACAACAACAGUGCGUGAAGUAUCUCCCGGACAAUCAUCUUUCUUUGGUGCUGAUGAUCCUAUUAUAGGAUUAAAUGUUACGCAAUCACCAUCUGAAGAAUCAAGAAAAGUUGUUGUGACGAAGACAACUGUUACAAGUGGUCCGGUAAUCGAGGAAAAAAUUAUUACAACUAAAGUGACAACGACCGUGCCGGAAGUGCAGACGGUUGCGUUUGAUAUAAACGUUCCAACCGAUCGUGCGACGGAACAAGCCAACAGCAUCACCAGAGUCGUCAUUGACUCUGUCACGAUGCCGGCUGAUGACAAAAGUACAAGUGCAAAGGAAAAAUUGUCUAAAGAAGAUAAAGAAAUUGCUGAUAAAUCUACAAAACAAAAGGAUAAAGUUACAGUGGAUAAUAAAAAAGAUGAGACUGAUAAAAAAACCAAGAAGAUGAAUGAAGAUUCAAGAAAAUCAGUUUAUGAAGAUGUUUAUAGUCAACCAGAUAACACUAAAGAAGAUAGUAAGAAAAAAGAAAAAGGUGGAAUAUUUUCUGGCAUUUUUAAGGGACCAAAAUUGAAGAAAGGAAAGUCUAAGGAUUCUAAAGAUCCAUCUUUUGAUAGCGGUGAUGAUGAAAUAAAAACAGUAACUAAAGAAUUUUUGGAUGAUACUCGAAAAGUUGCUGAAUCAAUUAAAGAAUCACCAUCUUAUCCUGCUUUUGAUCCUGCAACCUAUAUUGCUAUUUGUCCUCCAAAAUUACCGGAGAACGAGCCAAAUCGUGAUCCGAUUUGGGCUACUGCAGAUUUUCUAUAUGAUUCAAGAAGGAGUGCUGAGGCUUUUGUACCUGAACAACAUGUAUCCGAAAAACCUCAAUCAAAAAAAUUAGAUACUGGAAAAUUUUCAGAGAGAAAACGAGACUCUAGAGAAAUUUCAGAAGAACCUGAAAAUGGUAAAGAAAAACAUGGGUUUUUCACAAAUCUUUUCAAAACUUCAAAAAAAAUCGAGAGUGAUAUAGAUUCUGCUGUUGAUGAUGGUAAGAAAACUCUCGAAACUACUGAAGAAAAAGCAAAGAAAGAAGUUAAAAAUCUGAAAGAAAAAGUCGAUGAAGAUAUUAAAAAAUCCGCUAAUGGUAUGAAAGAUAGACCAAAAGAUGAAGUAGAUUCAGUGUUACGACGAAAUAAAAAAGUUGUUGAUGACAUCGAAACUAUGAAAUUAAGUAUUAAAGAUAGUGGUAAAGUUAUUGACGCUGAUUUGAAACGUUUGAGUGGUGAUAUUAAAUCACUAGAUGAUAAAAUGAAGCAUUAUAUUGAUGAAACUGAAAAAUCUACUACAUCUAUCGAAAAAGCAAUUACAAGAGAAACAAAACAAGUUGCUAGUGAGGUGAAAACAGAUGUUGAAGAUGUCGUUGAUGAAGCAAAAGAGAAAUCAGGGGGCUUCUUUGGUAUUUUCCGUAGUCCGAAAUCAAAGGAAAAGAGACGAAGUAGAUCAAAAGAUAAAGAUACAAAAGAAACAUCUUUUGAUAGUGGAGAUGAAGAAUUAAGAAUUGCUACUAAGACUUUUUUGGAUGACACACGUAAAACUGCAGAUAAAUUAUUUCAACCUGUUAGUUCAAAAGUCAUGCCCGAGGAUCAAAUUGAAAAAGUUGAAAAAUUCGCUUCUGUAACAGACGAUUCAGAUGUACCCUUGGAUAAGUUAAAACGCACUUCUUAUGAUAUUAAAAAAUCUUCUCAAAAGACUUCAACUAUGACAACUACAAUGGUAACUACAACAAAAAUUGUAGACGAUACUAAAGGUAGUAAUGGACAUACUCCAAAAGUUUCAGAAAUGAAACCAACUGUUUCUACUAGUGAUACAGAAACAGGAAAAUUAGAAAAAGCUGAAAAAAGAAUAUCAGGUGAUUUUGAAGACUCUGCUGAUGAAGGAAAACCAAAGGGAAGUGGUUUCUUUGGUAUAUUUAAAAGUCCGAAGUUAAAGAAUAAAACUCGUUCAAGAGAUCGGAGUAGCUCCAAAGAACCCUCAUUCGACAGUGGAGAUGAAGAGCUUAGACAAACAACAUCAAAAUUUUUGGAAGAUACACGAAAAACUGCUGAACGUACUGGAGAAUUUGACACACGAAGGAAAUCUCUCAAAGAUACCAUUAAAACUGAAAAAGAUGCUGUCAUUGUUGAAGUACCAGACGUUCCUAUUCUUUCACCUGUUUCUGAUACUUCAGAUUCAAAGAAAGAUUCAGAUAAAGGCGGAAUAUUUGGAAUAUUUAGAAGCCCUAAGAAUACUUUAAAACGACGAAGUAAAUCGAGAGAAAAAAGUUCAUCAACUGAUGUGUCUUUUGAUAGUGGAGAUGAAGAAAUAAGAAUUGCAACAUCGAAAUUUUUGGAUGAUACUAGAAAUAUAUCAGCUAUUAUGGAAGAGUAUCCUUAUCCGUCUGCUCCAAUGAGUGAAAAUGAAAAGGAAGAGAAAGAAAUCAUUCAAGAUAAGGACAAAAAUAUUGCAGAAAAAGAUGUUGAUGAAUCUAAAAAUAAGAAGAAUGGUGAGAAAGGUAGCUUUUUAACAGGAAUAUUUAAAGGUACUAAACAUGCUGUUGAUGAAGUCACCGAAGAAGUUAAAGAAUUUUGGGAUGAAACAAAAGAGGAAGAAGAAAAAGCUAAGCAUGCUAUAGAGAAAGCUGUUAAAGAUACAAAAGAAUCAAAAGAAAAAGUGUCUACGGAUGUUGAAAAAUUGAAGAACAAGGAACUAGAAACAGCAAAAGAGAGUAAAGAUGAAGUAGUUAAAGACGUGAUAUCGGUGAAAGAUAAUAUUAAAGACACUAAACAAAAGAUUAAAACUGAUGCAGUUAAUGUUGUAAAAUCAGCAGACGAUAAAAUAAAAGCAAAUAAAGCAGCAGUUGUUAAAGGUGCUAAAAAAGAUGCGAAAGCGGUCGUGGAUUCUGCGAAAACGUCAGCGAAACAAGUUGAAAAGGGCUCUAAGAAAGCUAAAGAAAAAGGUACAGGCUUUGUAACUGGUAUAAUGAAAGGAGCUAAAAAUGCAGUAGAUGAAGUUUCUGAAGAUGUUAAAGAAUUCUGGAAUGAGACGAAGGAGGAAGCGAAGUUGGAUGAGAAAAAAGCUAAGCUUGCUGCUGAAGAGGCCACAAAAGCAUCUAAAGAUGUUCAAGAUGAAAUGACGAUUAAAGCCGCUACAGUUAAAGACAAAGCAAUUGGUAAAGCAACUGGGACAGCAAAAGGUGUUUUAGAUGAUACUACAGCGGCGAAAAACCAGGCAAAAAAGAAAAUGACAGCUGGAAAAAACACUGUGGUAGGAGCAGUCAAAGUAACUCAAGAGAGAGCUGUUAAAGGCGUUGAAAAAACUGGAAAGGUAACUAAAGGUGCAGCCAAAAAAGUCAGUGAUGAUGCUAAGAAAACAAAAGAUAUCGUCGACAAAGCAAUCAAACAAGAUACUAGGCUCAUAAAAAGUAAAGUUCUUGGAACAGCAGAGUUGGAAAAAUCCAAAGAUAUAGUUGAAAAAGAACCGAAGGCAACUGGACACACCAUUAUUAAAACCGUAAAAACUACGAAUAUAAAUAUUCCUGCAGUAGCCAUUCAAACGUCAGAAACUGCUAAAGAUAGUGCUACUAAAAUUGGUGACAAUAUUGAACAGGCAAAAGAUAGAAUUGUACAAGAAAUAGAAAAAGAUACAAAACUUGUUGCAGAUAAAAUAAGUGAAGCAUCUAAACCUGUUGUGGGAAGUGUUGAAACAACCAAAGAAGAAGCUGAAAAUGAAGCAAAAAAAGUUAAAGGGAAAGGAUUUUUCGCAGGAAUUUUCAAAGGUAUAAAACACACUGGUGAUGAAGUAGCUGAGGAUCUUCAGGAAUUCGUUGAUGAAACGAAAAAAGACGCUGAAAAAGAGGAAGAACGAGCACGGCGAGUUACCGAAGAAGUUGUCAAAACUGCUGAAGAUACAAGAGAUGAAAUAGUUUCUGAUGUUGAGAAAGAAAAACAGAAAGUUGAAGAGAGAGUUGCGGAAAAUUUAGCAAAAGUUGUAAGUGACGUAGAUGAUGCAAAGGAUAAAGCUCAUAAACAGUUAAUAACUGGAAAAGAUGCAGUUUCUGAUACAGUUAAAAUAACUGGCGAAAAAAUUAUUGCUACUGCACAGACAGCUGACGCAAAAAUUUCGGGAGCAGGAGCUAAAACAUCCAAAGCUGUUGAAGACGAUGUCAAAAUUGUUUGUGACGAAGUUAGUCUUGCAGCUAAAGAAGUUGCUGAUAAUUUUGAAGCGGCCAAAUAUAGAGCAGAGCAAGAAGCCAUGAAAGGAAAAGAUAAAAGUACAGGUUUAUUCUCAGGGAUCUUCAAAAGUGCGAAACAUACAUCGAACGAUAUUGCAGAUGAUGUUCAGGAAUUCUUAGAUCAUACUAGACAAGCAGCUGCAGAGGAAAAAAAGGAAGCAAUAGAAGUAGCUGGAAAAGCUAGAAAAUCCGUUCAGGAUGCAGAAGAUCAAACAACUUCGAAGGUCCAGACUGGAAAGGACGAAGUGGUCGGAAAAGUAACUCAAGAAAUUAAAAAAGCAGCUGAUAGCGUAAAAGAAGUUAAAGAUAAAUCACAUGAUAGAUUCGUGACAGGUAAAGAAGUUUUAUCUGAUGCUGCCAAGACUACAGGACAAAACAUUUCAGAAACUGCAAUUAAAACCUCGGAGAAAAUUACAGAUGCUAAAGAUGUUGUCGCAAGAGAAAUAAAAGAAGAUGCGAACUGUGUGAAAGAUCGAGUGAUUAGUACAGCUGAAGUAGUAGUUGAUAGUGCUGUGGUGGCAAAAGGUAAAGCGGAGAAAGAAGCUAAGAAAGCCAAAGAGAAAGGCAAAGGGUUCUUUUCUGGAAUAUUCAAAGGUGUAAAGCAAGCCGCAGAAGAAGUCGCUGAAGACGUUAAAGAUUUCGUCGAUGAAACUAAAAAAGAGGCAGAAGAUGAAGAAAAAAAGGCCAAACGCGCUGCUGCGGAUGCUGCCGAAUCAAUAAAAAAUGCUAAAAACAAAGUUCAUGAUGAUGUCGUUGCUGGAAAAGAAGCAGCUGCUGAAGCGAUGAAAGAAACCACCGAUGUAAUAUCUAGUGCCGCAGAAAAAACGUCACAAUCUGCAAAAGACGUGACUCGAAAAAUGGGUGACGAUGUCGAGAAAAUUGCUGGCAGCGUGAAAAAAAUUGAGGAUAAAGCACAUGAUGAACUCGUGGCAGGGAAAGAAGUCUUGACUGGCGCAGUAAAGGCUACGGGAGAUAAAGUCUCUGAAACUGGAAAUAGAGCUUCUGAGGCAAUUACAGAAACUGCAGACGCUGUUGCAAACGAAUUAAAAGAAGAUGCGAAGGUAAUUAAGGAUAAAGUUAGUGGUGCAACUGAAAAAAUAGUUGAUAGUGCUACGGUGGCAAAGGAGAAAGCGGAGAAAGAAGCUAAAAAAGCUAAAGAGAAAAGCAAAGGGUUUUUUUCGGGAAUAUUCAAAGGUGUCAAGCAAUCCGCUGAUGAUGCUGCUGAAGACGUUAAGGACUUCGUCGAUGAAACUAAAAAAGUGGCUGAAGAUGAGGCAGAGAAGGCCAGACACGCUGCUGCAGAUGCUGCCGAAUCUAUAGACAAAGCUACAAACAAAGUUCAUGAUGAUGUCGUUGCUGGAAAAGAAGCAGCUUCUGAAACGAUGAAAAAAACCACCGAUGUAAUAUCUAGUGCCGCAGAAAAAACGUCACAAUCUGCAAAAGACGUGACUCGAAAAAUGGGUGACGAUGUCGGGAAAAUCGCCGGCAGCGUGGAAAAAAUUGAGGAUAAAGCACAUGAUAAACUCGUGGCAGGGAAAGAAGUCUUGACUGGCGCAGUGAAGGCUACGGGUGAUAAAGUCUCUGAAACUGGAAAUAAAGCUACUGAGGCAAUUACAGAAACUGCAGUCGCUGUUGCAAACGAAUUAAAAGAAGAUGCGAAGAUAAUUAAGGAUAAAGUUAGUGGUGCAACUGAAAAAGUAGCUGAUAGUGCUGUGGUGGCAAAGGAGAAAGCGGAAAAAGAAGCUAAAAAAGCCAAAGAGAAAGGCAAAGGGUUCUUUUCGGGAAUAUUCAAAGGUGUCAAGCAAUCCGCUGAUGAUGCUGCUGAAGACGUUAAGGACUUCGUCGAUGAAACUAAAAAAGUGGCUGAAGAUGAGGCAGAGAAGGCCAGACACGCUGCUGCAGAUGCUGCCGAAUCUAUAGACAAAGCUACAAACAAAGUUCAUGAUGAUAUCGUUGCUGGAAAAGAAGCAGCUGCCGAAACGAUGAAAAAAACUACCGAUGUAAUAUCUAGUGCUACAGAAAAAACGUCACAAUCUGCAAAAGACGUGGCUCGAAAAAUGGGUGACGAUGUCGAGAAAAUCGCUGGCAGCGUAGAAAAAAUUGAGGAUAAAGCACAUGAUAAACUCGUGGCAGGGAAAGAAGUCUUGACUGGCGUAGUAAAGGUUACGGGUGAUAAAGUCUCUGAAACUGGAAAUAAAGCUACUGAGGCAAUUGCAGAAACUAAAGACGCUGUUGCAAGAGAAUUAAAAGAAGAUGCGAAGAUAAUUAAGGAUAAAGUUAGUGGCACAACUGAAAAAAUAGCUGAUAGUGCUGUGGUGGCAAAGGAGAAAGCGGAAAAAGAAGCUAAAAAAGCCAAAGAGAAAGGCAAAGGGUUCUUUUCGGGAAUAUUCAAAGGUGUCAAGCAAUCCGCUGAUGAUGCUGCUGAAGACGUUAAGGACUUCGUCGAUGAAACUAAAAAAGUGGCUGAAGAUGAGGCAGAGAAGGCCAGACACGCUGCUGCAGAUGCUGCCGAAUCUAUAGACAAAGCUACAAACAAAGUUCAUGAUGAUAUCGUUGCUGGAAAAGAAGCAGCUGCCGAAACGAUGAAAAAAUCUACCGAUGUAAUAUCUAGUGCCGCAGAAAAAACGUCACAAUCUGCAAAAGACGUGGCCCGAAAAAUGGGUGACGAUGUCGAGAAAAUCGCUGGCAGCGUGGAAAAAAUUGAGGAUAAAGCACAUGAUAAACUCGUGGCAGGGAAAGAAGUCUUGACUAGCGUAGUAAAGGCUACGGGAGAUAAAGUCUCUGAAACUGGAAAUAAAGCUUCUGAGGCAAUUACAGAAACUAAAGACGCUGUUGCAAGAGAAUUAAAAGAAGAUGCGAAGAUAAUUAAGGAUAAAGUUAGCGGCACAACUGAAAAAAUAGCUGAUAGUGCUGCGGUGGCAAAGGAGAAAGUGGAAAAAGAAGCUAAAAAAGCCAAAGAGAAAGGCAAAGGGUUCUUUUCGGGAAUAUUCAAAGGUGUAAAGCAAGCCGCUGAUGAAGUCGCUGAAGACGUUAAAGAUUUCGUCGAUGAAACUAAAAAAGAGGCAGAAGAUGAAGAAGAAAAGGCCAAACGCGCUGCUGCGGAUGCUGCCGAAUCAAUAAAAAAUGCUAAAAACACAGUUCAUGAUGAUAUCGUUGCUGGAAAAGAAGCAGCUGCUGAAGCGAUGAAAAAAACCACCGAUGUAAUAUCUAGUGCUACAGAAAAAACGUCACAAUCUGCAAAAGACGUGGCCCGAAAAAUGGGUGACGAUGUCGAGAAAAUCGCUGGCAGCGUGGAAAAAAUUGAGGAUAAAGCACAUGAUAAACUCGUGGCAGGGAAAGAAGUCUUGACUAGCGUAGUAAAGGUUACGGGAGAUAAAGUCUCUGAAACUAGAAAUAAAGCUUCUGAGGCAAUUACAGAAACUAAAGACGCUGUUGCAAGAGAAUUAAAAGAAGAUGCGAAGAUAAUUAAGGAUAAAGUUAGUGGCACAACUGAAAAAAUAGCUGAUAGUGCUGCGGUGGCAAAGGAGAAAGCAGAAAAAGAAGCUAAAAAAGCCAAAGAGAAAGGCAAAGGGUUCUUUUCGGGAAUAUUCAAAGGUGUAAAGCAAGCCGCUGAUGAAGUCGCUGAAGACGUUAAAGAUUUCGUCGAUGAAACUAAAAAAGAGGCAGAAGAUGAAGAAGAAAAGGCCAAACGCGCUGCUGCGGAUGCUGCCGAAUCAAUAAAAAAUGCUAAAAACAAAGUUCAUGAUGAUAUCGUUGCUGGAAAAGAAGCAGCUGCUGAAGCGAUGAAAAAAACCACCGAUGUAAUAUCUAGUGCUACAGAAAAAACGUCACAAUCUGCAAAAGACGUGGCUCGAAAAAUGGGUGACGAUGUCGAGAAAAUCGCUGGCAGCGUGGAAAAAAUUGAGGAUAAAGCACAUGAUGAACUCGUGGCAGGGAAAGAAGUCUUGACUGGCGCAGUAAAGGCUACGGGAGAUAAAGUCUCUGAAACUGGAAAUAAAGCUUCUGAGGCAAUUACAGAAACUGCAGACGCUGUUGCAAACGAAUUAAAAGAAGAUGCGAAGGUAAUUAAGGAUAAAGUAAGUGGUGCAACUGAAAAAGUAGUUGAUAGUGCUACGGUGGCAAAGGAGAAAGCGGAGAAAGAAGCUAAAGAAGCUAAAGAGAAAAGCAAAGGGUUUUUUUCGGGAAUAUUCAAAGGUUUCAAGCAAUCCGCUGAUGAUGCUGCUGAAAACGUUAAGGACUUCGUCGAUGAAACUAAAAAAGUGGCUGAAGAUGAGGCAGAGAAGGCCAGACACGCUGCUGCAGAUGCUGCCGAGUCUAUAGACAAAGCUAAAAACAAAGUUCAUGAUGAUAUCGUUGCUGAAAAAGAAGCAGCUGCUGAAACGAUGAAAAAAACUACCGAUGUAAUAUCUAGUGCAACAGAAAAAACGUCACAAUCUGCAAAAGACGUGACUCGAAAAAUGGGUGACGAUGUCGAGAAAAUCGCUGCCAGCGUGGCAAAAAUUGAGGAUAAAGCACAUGAUAAACUCGUUGCAGGGAACGAAUUCUUGACUGGCGUAGUAAAGGUUACGGGAGAUAAAGUCUCUGAAACUGGAAAUAAAGCUUCUGAGGCAAUUACAGAAACUAAAGACGCUGUUGCAAGAGAAUUAAAAGAAGAUGCGAAGAUAAUUAAGGAUAAAGUUAGCGGCACAACUGAAAAAAUAGCUGAUAGUGCUGCGGUGGCAAAGGAGAAAGCGGAAAAAGAAGCUAAAAAAGCCAAAGAGAAAGGCAAAGGGUUCUUUUCGGGAAUAUUCAAAGGUGUAAAGCAAGCCGCUGAUGAAGUCGCUGAAGACGUUAAAGAUUUCGUCGAUGAAACUAAAAAAGAGGCAGAAGAUGAAGAAGAAAAGGCCAAACGCGCUGCUGCGGAUGCUGCCGAAUCAAUAAAAAAUGCUAAAAACCAAAUUCAUGAUGAUAUCGUUGCUGGAAAAGAAGCAGCUGCUGAAGCGAUGAAAAAAACCACCGAUGUAAUAUCUAGUGCUACAGAAAAAACGUCACAAUCUGCAAAAGACGUGGCCCGAAAAAUGGGUGACGAUGUCGAGAAAAUCGCUGGCAGCGUGGAAAAAAUUGAGGAUAAAGCACAUGAUAAACUCGUGGCAGGGAAAGAAGUCUUGACUGGCGUAGUAAAGGUUACGGGAGAUAAAGUCUCUGAAACUAGAAAUAAAGCUUCUGAGGCAAUUACAGAAACUAAAGACGCUGUUGCAAGAGAAUUAAAAGAAGAUGCGAAGAUAAUUAAGGAUAAAGUUAGUGGCACAACUGAAAAAAUAGCUGAUAGUGCUGCGGUGGCAAAGGAGAAAGCAGAAAAAGAAGCUAAAAAAGCCAAAGAGAAAGGCAAAGGGUUCUUUUCGGGAAUAUUCAAAGGUGUAAAGCAAGCCGCUGAUGAAGUCGCUGAAGACGUUAAAGAUUUCGUCGAUGAAACUAAAAAAGAGGCAGAAGAUGAAGAAGAAAAGGCCAAACGCGCUGCUGCGGAUGCUGCCGAAUCAAUAAAAAAUGCUAAAAACAAAGUUCAUGAUGAUAUCGUUGCUGGAAAAGAAGCAGCUGCUGAAGCGAUGAAAAAAACCACCGAUGUAAUAUCUAGUGCUACAGAAAAAACGUCACAAUCUGCAAAAGACGUGGCUCGAAAAAUGGGUGACGAUGUCGAGAAAAUCGCUGGCAGCGUGGAAAAAAUUGAGGAUAAAGCACAUGAUGAACUCGUGGCAGGGAAAGAAGUCUUGACUGGCGUAGUAAAGGUUACGGGAGAUAAAGUCUCUGAAACUGGAAAUAAAGCUUCUGAGGCAAUUACAGAAACUGCAGACGCUGUUGCAAACGAAUUAAAAGAAGAUGCGAAGAUAAUUAAGGAUAAAGUUAGCGGCACAACUGAAAAAAUUGCUGAUAGUGCUGCGGUGGCAAAGGAGAAAGCGGAAAAAGAAGCUAAAAAAGCCAAAGAGAAAGGCAAAGGGUUCUUUUCGGGAAUAUUCAAAGGUGUAAAGCAAGCCGCUGAUGAAGUCGCUGAAGACGUUAAAGAUUUCGUCGAUGAAACUAAAAAAGAGGCAGAAGAUGAAGAAGAAAAGGCCAAACGCGCUGCUGCGGAUGCUGCCGAAUCAAUAAAAAAUGCUAAAAACACAGUUCAUGAUGAUAUCGUUGCUGGAAAAGAAGCAGCUGCUGAAGCGAUGAAAAAAACCACCGAUGUAAUAUCUAGUGCUACAGAAAAAACGUCGCAAUCUGCAAAAGACAUGGCUCGAAAAACGGGUGACGAUGUCGAGAACAUUACUGGCAGCAUGAAAGAAAUUAAGGAUAAAGCACAUGCUAAACUCUCGACAGGCAAAGAAGCCUUAUCUGACGCUGUGAAGCCGACGGGAGAAAAAAUUUCUGGAACUGCAAUUAAAACAUCGGAGACAAUCACUGAAACUAAAGAUGCUGUCGCAAAAGAAAUAAAUGAAGAUGCGAACUGUGUCAAAGAUACAGCAAGUAGUGCAGUUGAAACAACAGUUGACAGUGCUGCGGUGGCCAAAGAAAAAGCAAAAAAAGAAACUACGAAAGCUCAUGAUAAGACUAGUGGUAUGUUUUUCGGUAUAUUAAAAAGCGGUAAACAUUGUGCAAAUCAAGAACACAGCGAUGUUGAAGGCUUUUUGAUUGAAGCUCAACGUGAAGCUUCAGAAGAAAAGGCUCGACUUGAAAAAGUUGUAGAGGAUCUUGCAAAUAGUGUGAAAGAUGAUAUUCACGGUUCGCAAGUUGAAACAAGUAAAACAGCAUCAAAAACUGUCGAGGCUGUGGGAAAAACUGUAAAAAAUGUAAAGGGUCAAUUAAAAGAUAAAGAAGACAUACUCGUAGCAGAAGCCAAAAAAGAUACAAAGGCAUUAGAAGAUUCAGUAGAAUCUACAAAAAAACAAUUGGGAAAGGAAUCUAAAAAGACUAAAGCCAAAGGUACAAGUUUCUUCUCUGGUAUUAUUAAAGGAGCUAAACAUGCAGUUGAUGAAGUAACUGAAGACGUAAAGGAAUUUUGGGAUGAAACGAAAGAAGAAGCCAAAAUGGAAGAAGACCGAGCCAAGCAUGCUACAGAAGAGGCGGUGAAACCAGUAGAAGAUGCUCAGGAUACAGCUACUGCUGAUGCUGCAGCAGUCAAAGAUAAAGUAUCAGAGACGGUAAAAGGUAUUGCUGGUGACGAUAAGUCUAUGGUAGAUGAAGCAACAAAGAAAUUAACAUCUGGUAAAGAUGCUGUAGUAGAAGCCGUGAAAGUUACUAAAGUAAAAAUCAACAAAGAUGCUGAGAAAACAACAAAGACAACUAAGGACGCUGCCAUGAAGAUUAAUGAUGAUGUAAAGAAAGCAAAAUAUAUAGUUGAUAAUGAAAUAAAAGAAGAUGCUAAGCUCAUAAAAAGUAAAGUUAUUGAAGCAUCAGAAUCGGUUGUUGAUUCUACUGACACAACGAAAGAUAAAGUAGAAAAAGAAGCUAAGAAAGUUAGAGAUAAAAGUAGUGGUAUGUUCUUUGGUAUUUUGAAAAGCUCUAAACAUGCAGCUGAAAAUAUAAGAGAAGAUGCAAACGAAUUAUCAGUAGAAACAGAACAAAAUGUCAAAAAAGGUAAAGAUCUUGCUGCUACUUCAGCCGAAGACGUAGUACAGACAACAAAGAAAGAAGCUGAAAAGUUAAAAGGGUCUAUGACGCAGGAAAUAGAAAAGGAUGGAGAUGAUAUUAAAAAAGAAACUAAAAAAGCUAAAGACAAAAGCGGUGGCUUUUUUUCUGGCAUAAUAAAGGGUGCAAAACACGCGGUUGAAGAAGUAACAGAAGAAGUAAAGGAAUUUUGGGAUGAAACUAAAGAAGAAGCUAAAGAUGAAGAAGAACGCGCUCGACGGGAAGCUGAGGAAUCAGCAAAAACUGAAAAAGUAGUACGUGAUAAAGCUGUUGUAGAUCCUCUCGAUGAUGAGGAACACAUGCGGCAGCAAAUGUAUUUAGAUCUUGAGCGAACUGUUCACGACGACGUAGGUACUUCACUUUACCAUCCAAAAUCUCCAAUAAAAUCAUCAUCGCCUGUAGAUAGAAAUCUCACUAUUUCUGAUAGUGACACUGCAUCGGAGUUGGAUUCCGCUCCUAGUACUUUAGAGCAUGGAACUCUUCCAGAAAAAUCCAAAAACAAAGAUAAACCGAAGGGUGUUAUUUCAAGUAUUGUAAAAGGUGCAAAGAGUGCAUCACACAAAAUAGUUAAAGAAGUUGAUCACGUUGCUGAUAACAUUAAAGAUGCAACGGGAAAAUUCUGGGAGGACACAAAAAUUGAUUCAAAAGACUCGCAUUUAUCUGGUAGUUAUGACGUAUCUUCCCCGCUCCGCGAGACCGAUUCUAAAUCUGUUGAAGCGACCGAUGCAGAAGCUAAGUUAGAGACAUUUAGUUCAUUAGAAAAAGCUAUAGAUAGAGAAAAAAUUCCGCAGGAUCAUUCAGACAUGAGAGUUAAGUCUGUCUCGCGCAUUCCACAAAAAACUACUAGUACAACGAAAGAAGUGGUUAAAGAAGUUAGGGUAGUUAGAAUUCAGGAAAGAACAUCAUCAACAGAAAGACUUGAUGAAUAUGAUGGAGAUUUAAAUAAAUUAGGGCACCUCGAGCCUCGCGCAGUACAAUCCGUCACCACAGUCGUAACAAAGUCUGUGCGGACGGCAGCGGCGACCCCGCCACCCAGCCCCGACGAGCUCGGUGACAGUAGCAUUAAAGAUGUAACUGAGGAAGCUGCCAAACGUGCCCAACUUCUUGCAGAUCAGGCCUUCGCAGCGGGAAAGCCAGGGCAUGAUUCGGCUGAGAUUGAUGGGACUGUAGAGAGGCAUGUUACUACUUCUGCUCCGACAAAGCAACCUGUUCCCGCCCCACGUCACUCUACCAAGUCAUCUAUUAACAAAACUGAGAUGACUCUUGAACUCAACGAACAUCAUCAUAAUUCAAGAAGCCCAAAAUCUAAGAUACCAGAGCCAAGUAAAAUAUCAGCAAAUAAUUUUUUAAUCAACAAAGAGCUCCUUGUUGAACAAUCUCGAGUGCCUACUCUUGAUUCAAUAGAAUCAAAUAAAAAAAAUACGAUUCCUGUUCCUAUGGAAAAGCUAAAACCAUUGGAGAUAAUUAAUGAUAAAAUUAUAACAGAAACUAGUAUGGCAACUAUACAAGACUCUAGUGUAGAAAAUCCGUCCACAGUCUCUCAUACUUUACCUGAAGAGACAGUUUAUACUAAAACAAUAACUACAGUUGUUAGUUCUGGAGUAGAUAAAAAUGGCAUGAAGAAGCUAUUGAGUACCAGUGAAUUAUCUCAGCUGGAGAACAUUCCAAUGGACUUUGAUAAAUUUCCAGACCUCGUUGAAGCCAGCAGCUAUACCGUAAAAACUUCAAAGACUGUCGUAAAUGAAAGAAUACCGUCGUCCAGAUCUAAAGAAGAUCGGAUGAGCGAAGAAAGUGCAUCUGGUAGUAUUGUCAAAGAAGUAAGAUCAAUCAGCACCAAGAGUUCCUGGGAAUCAUCAACGAGAUCUCGUGAUGAUCAUGACAAUUGGGAAACUCAAUACUCAUUGGAUACUUCACCAGGUUCAUGUGAUGCUGGAUUCACUAAAAAUAGUGAUUCACGGCAUGACUUACCCAGUGACAGCGAUAGCGAGGGCUCUCCACGACCAAGAAGACGUUCAUUGAGCAAGAGGCGAACACUUGGCAGCUCCAGUGGCUCUGAUGUUGCAUUGCACGAAGGUGCAGAACUCUCCCCUAUGGAAGAUGACCAAGAAUCUGACUUUUUGCAACAUAGUGAACCGUCAUAUACGGAAACAACUACAACAGAGAUCGACCCAGUGACCAACGAAAGAAUAACGAGAACGACACGAAUAAUGACCUCAUCAUUAUCAUCAACGGUGCCUGUAACUGAAGAAAUGUCUGGAAACAAUGAACUUCGAGAAUCGAUGCAAAAAGUCGUCGAUCAGUUUAUGACAGAGGAAAGAAGAGCACAGUGAAAUUUUUUGUCUUCAUUAGACUAAUUAAAAAUCAUAAAUUAAAAUUUUUAAAUUUGAAAAUAAGAAAAAAAUUAAUCUAUAAAAUAAAAAAAAAAAGUAUGAAUUGAUUCCUCGCUACGAAUUCAUAUUUUAUUUUUUAUCGCAUGUUACUCUAUAUCAAAAUUAUGAAAAAAAGUCCUAUGUAUCAGCUUAGGCCCAUGCUUUUUUUAAAUUUUAAAUCAAUUAUUUUAUUUUUAAAUUUUUACUUAUUUUAUUUUGCUUCAUUUUAAAUAGUUAUAAAAAUAGCUACAGCUAGUGUAGUAACUAGCUGUCUUAAUACCUAGUCGUCACUAUGCAAGCCCGUCCACAUGAAAAACCAAUUAAAUGCUUAUUCUCUGACAUUUUUAAAAAUCAUAUUUACUGUCAUAUACUGGCUAAAUAUUAUUUAAAAUAUUCAUAAUAAAUGAAAAAAAAGCAGAGUAAUUAUUUUAAAGAUCAUUUAAAAGAGUUGUAGCUCUUCUAAAAUCUAUUUAUAAUCAUGCGAUGCAAAAUAAAUAUACAUAAAUUAAUAUAACAAUAAAUAAAUGAGCGAUUGUUAAGUGAAGUGGACUCGUAAUUAUAUAAUAUUAAUAUUGCAUAAUAAUAAUAUUCACUUCCUUACAAUCGUUUAGAUAUUCGAAAUUAAAAAUUAUAUUAUCUAUAUACCUUAAUGAGUAUAUAUAUUGCUUGCUAAUGAAAAUGUUAAUGUUUUUUCUUACUGUUAAUAAAUGAAUAAAUAAAUGGUUCUCAAGUUUUGGCUUUCAGUGACGAAACCAAAUAAAGUAAAUAAAAAAAUAUAUAUAUAUUUGAAUAAUGUGCUUCAAUGCUACAAGGUUAUUCAAGAAUUUAUAACGUCAUGUAAAUUGUAAUUUUUCUUUUUUAUUAAUUAUGUAAAAAACAAAAAAACAAAAAAAAAUAAUUAUGAUGUAUUAUGACGUUAAUGUUUUUACCAAUCAUAAAUUAAUUGUAAAUUUAUCUUGAUCGAAUAUCCUUCGCGAUACUUUUUUUUAAUUGUGUAUAUUAUUAUAAUUAUUUUAUUAGUAAUAUCUACAUUAUUAUUAUUAUUAUAUUAUAACUAUUAUUAUUAUUAUUAUUAUUAUUAUUAUUAUUAUUAUAUUAAAAAUAAAUAA